AUAAAUAUCCAAACAGCUCCUCAACAUUCAAUCGUACAUAUUUGCAAAAAAGGGAAAUACCCAGAGACUUCCAUUCUGAAUCUUAUCAAUUUUAGUAGCCAUCCAUUUCUGAUCUCCCCAGUUCGUUAGACAGGAAUAUUGGCAGGAUGAAGAUCAUCGUAAAGGAGUCUACUGUGAUACGCCCAGCUGAAGAUUUGCCAAGCCAAUGCCUAUGGCUUUCUAACUUAGACCUAUUGCACGAAAGGAACAAUGUGCCUACUGUGUACCUCUACAGGUCGAAUGAUUCUUGCAAUUCUUUUGAUGCCAAUGUGCUCAAGGUGGCAAUGAGGAAAGUUCUUGUAGAGUUUUACCCUGUGGCAGGGAGAUUGGGAAAGGAUGACAAUGGAAGACUCCAAAUAAACUGUAACAAUGAAGGAGUGUUGUUUAUAGAGGCUGAAACUGACUCUUCCAUGGAUGAUCUUGGUGAUGUAAUGGUUAAUUUGAAGAUUCCACAGCUCAUUCCAACCCUUGAUUUUUCAAAUGGCAUCUCUUCUUUCCCACUUUUUGUUGUGCAGGCAACCACAUUUACAUGUGGUGGAGUGUCCCUAGGAAUUCGAUUUCAUCACGUACUAGCAGAUGGUUCGGCUGCCCUCUAUUUCAUCAACACAUGGUGUGACGUAGCUCGAGGGCUCUCCAUUAACGUUUCACCAAUGAUUGAUCGAACCAUUCUUCGUAGCCAAGACCCACCGAACCCUAAAUUCCAACAUCUGGAAUUUGGUAAACCACUUACUCUUAAUACCAAUUCCACCAAAAACCAAACAAAUUCUAUUGAAAUCCUUAAGUUCACGCCUGAUCAACUUAACACCUUAAAGACUAAAGUGAACAGCAACAGCAAAGAUGGCAGGACCAAGUACAGCAGCUAUGAAAUCCUGACUGCACAUAUAUGGCGCUGCACAUGCAGAGCUCGUAACUUAGCUGAUGAUCAAGCAACAAAGUUAUACAUAUCAGUCGAUGGUAGGUCAAGAUUACAGCCUCAACUUCCGCAUAGCUACUUUGGCAAUGUAACGUUCCCUACUACAUCAAUCGCAUUAUGUGGUGACCUAUUGUCAGAGCCACUAAUGGCUACCGCAGAAAGGAUCAGAAAGGCAAUAAGAAGGAUGGACGAUGAGUAUUUAAGGUCGGCUGUUGAUUACUUGCAAGUACUAGACGACUUGACACCAGUUAUGAGAGGGCCUGACGCCUGUAGGUGCCCCAACCUGCAUAUUAUUAGCUGGAUGUGGCUGCCCUUUUAUGAGGCUGAUUUUGGGAUGGGAAAACCAAUAUAUGUAAGGCCUGCGAACCCACUUGAAGGCAAGGGAUACGUCAUACCAACUCCAGGUGAUGAUAGGAACUGGGCAUUGUCCAUAUGCCUGGAGACAGAUCACAUGCACUCCUUUCAAAAGCUGUUUUAUGAUUUCUGAUACCAGGGAACAGCCCUAGCUAGCUAAGCUAUCUUCUUUUAUCUUUUUCCUUUUCAUGGCCUUAUUGCUCCUUGGAAGCCAUGUUGUUUUUGUUUUGUUUUGUUUUGUUUCUAGUUUAUUUUUUCAGCUUAUGUCUUGGUCGCUGUUGGCAUAUUUUAUUUAUAUAACCUUGUCAUGGGUGGUGAAGACCACAAUGUCAUUUGCUUUUGGUGUUAA